CUAACUGAUUAUUUUUUAGAUCUCCGUUAAAAAACAACCUAAUCCCAUAACUGGUUUUCGGUCACGUCACUGUUGCUGGCGACUUGUUUGUCUGGACGGCCGCUUGUUUUGUUUUUGUUGUCCUUACCGUCACGUCGCCCCACCCCCAGUCCCGUUUCAUUUCUUCAUAUUUAAUGCAUUUUCUGUUGUUGUUGUUUUUUUUUUUUGAGUGACUGCUCUAUGAAUGCUGCCGUUUUUUUCCCCGACUACUUGAUGCUUUCGCCGAGGAGCCCGCCCCGAGGCUCCGCGUAUCUUAUAUAAAGCCGGCGGCAAGUCUGGAUUCCUUCAGUGCGCUCAGUCACGUCCAGGGGAGGCAGGGCGGGGUGCUGAUCGCAAGCUGCCACGGAUGGGAUGGUGCUAAACUGACCGCCUCUUAUUGUCUGCCAGUACGUCUCAGCUCGCAGUUACUUCAAGCAAAUCGUCUGUGAAAGCUGCGCUUGGGCUCAUCCAGGGCACACAAAAAAAUGCCCUUCCCACCGAUCUCCCUUCACCAGCGCAUUAGUUCUCCAGGCAAGGAUCUCUUUAGGAAAAAGAAGCCCAGCGCAAUCCCUCCGCAAGUCUUCGCCGGCAAAGAUCAAGAUGAGAAAGACAACGAGAAAGAAAGGUUUUCCAGCUCAUGGCCCGCCGCGAAUUUUACGCAUCUCGGGCGGAGGACGCAGCCGAGAAGCCAGCCGCAGCCACACAAAGGUGCCGCGAAUGCGGGGGCAGAAGCGCACAAGAGCCCUCGGUUCAAGUUUCCUGCGCCGCUAGCGAACUCAUGCGACAGUAUCUCGGCGUCCGGGGGGUCGGGCACGCGGAAAAGUAGCAAGAACUCAUCCCGCAGCUCGCUGACAAAAGAGGACGCCGAGGAGGAGCAGCAGGAGAGGGAGAUUCGCUUCACCCUCAGCCUUACCCCUGAAGCCAUCCUGGUCAUUCAGAAACGCAACCUGGAGAAGCAGCUGAUGGCAAAGCAGCAGAAGGGAGCGUUCCCGUCCGUCUCGUCAGACCAGAGGCACCGGCGCGUCUUCCCCGGCAAGAGGGCACAGGGGUCCAAAGGCAGCGCGGCACUGUGCGUGUCGGAUAACCUGGACGACAUCCGCGCGAUCGUCAAGAUAUCGCUGCUGAAUGACCAGUACAAAUACGACGAUGUGGAGUACGAGGAAGACGACUACGACGUGGACGAGACGGUGAUGAGAAAGUGCAAAGAGUGGCUGGAAGGAGUGGAGAGCGCGGCCGCCUUCGGCAAAGCCAGCAAGCUGGCCACCUUGCCGCAUCUCAACACCUGACGAAAUGAGACGCAACGAACAAAACGGCGUCUUUUCUAAUCCAGAUGGCGAAA